AACAAAGAGAUACCAGUUUAACGAUCCAGCGAGCGAAGCAAGAUGCAUUGCCUUACCAUAAUUAUUGCUUUUCUUGUCUUUGGAGAAUGUCGAGUUCUUGUGCAAGGUUCUUCAAUCAGGAGAACAGUUAGCCCUUGUUUUUCAAAACCAUGCCUGAAUGGAGGUGAAUGCCGAGUGUCUCGGAAGGAUUAUAUCUGCCUGUGCCCUGAAGGUUUUCACGGAAAAAAUUGCCAAGAAGAAACAGGAGUAGAAACUUGCAAAGACACCAACGAGGUCCAAUGUCCUAUUUGGGCUGAUAGAGGCGAUUGCGAAACAAACCCGCACUGGAUGAAAGUAAAGUGUCAGAAAAGCUGCAACACUUGUGGGUGCGCAGACUCGAACGUCCAAUGUCCCGAAUGGGCUAAACUUGAUGAAUGCUUUAAUAACCCGCAAUGGAUGAAGCGUAACUGUAGGUUUAGCUGUGAGCAGUGCCAAGAGCCGCAGAUAGAGGUAAGACUUUGAUGACCCUUUUUUUCAUUGCUUAGCCUGGUAGCUGGAUAAGACGAAAAUUCCUGACAGUCAGCAGUCUUGAUUAUCCAUUUAAUCUAUUUGAAAGACUUAGCUACAAAAUGACCAACAAAAAGUAUCAUCAUUACCUGAACUCAUUAAGCUUUAAUCAGAAACAGAUAUCUUUCAAUUUAGAAAUUAGGUCAGGGUUUUAAACAUUUUUACUAAAUAGAUGGCUUAACAAAGCCGUUUAGUUCUGAAAUAGUUUUACAGGAUGAUACUUAAAAUAUCCCCUAUAGGCAGACACUGAAAUGUGUUAUUUAGUUUCGCAAGCAUGUGAAAAUGUUCCGAGAGGCGCCAUGGAAUUUGAUCCUCCUAUACGAACUGUUGGUGUUUGUUGCGGUUUAACGCAUCAAAAUAAAAGCGGACUGAAACCACGUUUAGAGUUCGUUAAUUGGCUCCAGGAAAAGCGCUUGUUUUCACAAAAGUCUAAAAAAAAAUUUGAAAAGCUAAAACAUGGCUCACCCCCCUACAAGAUGAAUAAUAACUUUAGAACCGAUGAAAAAAGAUGUGGGUAGAUUCUCGAGGGUUUAGAAAAUUUCAUUGAAGAAUUACCUGGGUCGCCAUUCUAUUGAAUGUUGAUUAAAUACACAAGUUGGAACUAAGGAAAUUUCGAGAAUUCAAUAUCAGCUAGCCAAACGUCAAUUAACAAAAAACAUGACUUUUUUG